AUGGCAAACCCGUUGAAUUACACAUACCCUUCACCUCUCGCCGGCUUUGAGAAUGCGCCACCGUUGUCAGACGAAAGGAAUGAAGACGGGAAGAGCUUUGUCAAUCCGAAGCGCGAGCACUUGAGCGAGGCUUACAGUCGCUUCACCGAUCCUCUUGACAACGGGCGAAGAGGCGGCUUCGACAUCCACAUAUACUAUUUCCAGAACAACAAGGAGCAAGCUCAAUACGCGCGCGAGCUCUGGGAACGCAUCCGCAGAGAGUUCCCGGAGUUGAGAAUCUACACCUUCUGGGAUCGACCAAUCGGCCCCCAUCCCGUCGCCAUGUUUGAAGUGAACGUCUUCACUCCCGCGCAGUUUGGAGCAUUUGUGUCUUGGCUCGCCGUCUGGCGGGGACCCCUGUCUGCUUUGAUCCACCCCAAUACGAUCCCGGAGGACGGCGUCUCGUCUGCUGAGUCUGGAUAUCGCGACCACUCUCAACGGGCCAUUUGGAUGGGCGAGAGGUUGCCGUUGGAUUAUAGUAUCUUUGCUCGGUCCUCUUGA